GUAGCUUAGACCCCCAUUCGUGAUAGGGGUCCCUGGGUCUAGAGGCGCGACAGGCGUCUCAGGUGCGCGAGCGCAGCCCGUCCCAGCCACGGGGUCCCCUUCUCCGGGCUGGGGCGCUGGGACGCCUGGGUGCCCGGGGCUCGCGGCCGCCCGCCCUCCCCGCUCACCGCCCCGCGCGCCCUGCCACACAGAUGCCGGCAAUCGCGGUGCUGGCGGCGGCUGCCGCGGCGUGGUGCUUCCUCCAAGUCGAGAGCCGGCACCUGGACGCGUUCGCCGGAGGCGCGGGCCCCAACCACGGCAAUUUCCUAGACAAUGACCAGUGGCUGAGCACCGUCUCCCAGUACGACCGGGACAAGUACUGGAACCGCUUUCGAGACGAUGAUUAUUUCAGAAACUGGAAUCCCAACAAGCCCUUUGACCAAGCCCUGGACCCAUCCAAGGACCCCUGCCUGAAGGUGAAAUGCAGCCCUCACAAAGUGUGUGUGACCCAGGACUACCAGACCGCCCUGUGUGUCAGUCGUAAGCACCUGCUCCCCAGGCAAAAGAAGGGGAACGUGGCCCACAAACACUGGGUUGGACCUUCGAAUUUGGUCAAGUGCAAGCCCUGUCCUGUGGCACAGUCAGCCAUGGUCUGCGGCUCGGAUGGCCACUCCUACACAUCCAAGUGCAAAUUGGAGUUCCAUGCUUGUUCUACUGGCAAAAGCCUCACCACCCUCUGUGAUGGGCCCUGUCCAUGUCUCCCAGAGCCCGAGCCACCAAAGCACAAGGCAGAAAGGAGUGCCUGCACAGACAAGGAGUUGCGGAACCUUGCCUCCCGGCUGAAGGACUGGUUUGGAGCUCUUCACGAGGACGCGAACAGAGUCAUCAAGCCCACCAGCUCCAACACAGCCCAAGGCAGGUUUGACACUAGCAUCCUGCCCAUCUGCAAGGACUCCCUGGGCUGGAUGUUCAACAAGUUGGACAUGAACUACGACCUCCUGCUUGACCAUUCGGAGAUCAAUGCCAUCUACCUGGAUAAGUACGAGCCCUGUAUCAAGCCUCUUUUCAACUCCUGUGACUCCUUCAAGGAUGGCAAGCUGUCUAACAAUGAGUGGUGCUACUGCUUCCAGAAGCCUGGAGGUCUCCCUUGCCAGAAUGAAAUGAACAGAAUUCAGAAGCUGAGCAAGGGGAAAAGCCUGUUGGGGGCCUUCAUACCUCGGUGUAACGAGGAGGGCUAUUACAAAGCCACACAGUGCCAUGGCAGCACGGGGCAAUGCUGGUGUGUGGACAAAUAUGGGAAUGAGUUGGCUGGCUCCAGGAAACAGGGUGCUGUGAGCUGUGAAGAGGAGCAGGAAACCUCAGGGGAUUUUGGCAGUGGCGGCUCUGUGGUCCUGCUGGAUGACCUAGAGGAUGAACGGGAGCUGGGACCAAAGGACAAAGAGGGGAAGCUGAGGGUGCACACCCGAGCCGUGACAGAGGAUGAUGAGGACGAGGACGACGACAAAGAGGAUGAGGUCGGGUACAUAUGGUAGUGCCCACAAGAAAGAGGACACAAGUUUUGCACAAAAUUGCAAGUCACUUCCUAUUCCUGCAUUUGUAUCUAAGACUCCAAGGCACCAAGGUCUCUUCUCCAUUGUUGCUCUCUAUACCCAACCUAAGGUUUGGAAGACAACUGCUUGUUCCCAGAGGAUUCUGAUUUUGCAUAUGUUUGUAUGGGAGAAAGGGUGUUGUGUUUUUUUGUUGUUUAUUUUUUGGAUAGGGAAAUGGCUGACUUAAUUAGAGCCUCCUUCCUUCCUGUGAGAUUUUUCCAACAAGCAUGUGAUUUAUGUGGAAUUCUGACAGUGCAGGGAGCCCCCACCCUCUUAAACGUCAAAGUCCCUUUUUGAUUACCCACACUGGUGGUUAUUACAGCAUGGUUCCCAGCCUUACAGUGUCUAAGUGCUUUUCUUGUGUCCUGUAGAUGUCGUG